AUGGAUCAACUUUUGUCAUCAGCUGCAGAAUUUAUUAAAACGAGCGACGUUCUUAUCAUCACCGCUGGCGCUGGUCUAAGCGUAGACGGUGGUAUCCCAGACUUUGUCGACGUCAAGAAAGCACUCCCCGAAAUCUCUCAUCUGGGUUUGAACGUAUUCGAAAUAUCAAACGACAUUAUUUUCAUGAAUGAUCCAAGGUUUGCUUGGGGAGUGUACGGUAAACGCAUGGACGACUAUCGAAAAGCUUCCCCUCAUGAAGGAUACUAUAUUCUUCUAAGGUGGUGCCUGGCAAAGAAAGAUUGGUGGGUGUAUACAAGUAACAUCGAUCAGCAUUUUCUGAGAGCAGGGUUCCCAAAGGAGAGAGUAGUCGAAUGUCAUCGUUCCCUGUACGAGUUCCAGUGUUCCGUGCCUUGUUGUGAUGACGUAUGGGAUGGUAGAGAUGUCAAAGUUGACUACGAUGAAGUCACGCUUGUGGUGAACGGGGACAUACCAAGAUGUCGUCAUUGCGGAGACGCGGCGCGUCCUUGCACCGUUCUGGCUGUCGACAGCCGCUGGCUCAGAGCGUACACCGAGGAGCAGGAGGAACUAUAA